AUGGGUGGAGCGGCUGACAAGAACUUGGAAGUGGCAGCCAGGCGGUUCCCGAUGUGCUUGCGCCACCACCACUUUGGAGGACUGCGCCUGUGACGUCGGCGGCGGUGGGCGGAGUCACCGAAGCGGACGAGCGCUGGCUGCCAAAAAGGAGGGAGACGCGCGGAGGAGAGCAGCUGGAGGCAGGCGGGCUCACCGGAGGGAGCGAUGCUUGUCGGACUGAGCCUGGGAUGAAUAGUUUCGCUGCUUUUGAUUGAUGGGAGAGAGAAAAACAAAAUCAAAAUCAAAAAGCAGCUUCACGUAUAAGACAACUUGACGAGGACUUGCUUCUUUUUUUUUUUUUUUUUUUUUUUUUUUUUUAAUAUUUAAUUAACAGUGCUUAAUUUCCACAUCAAUUUACUGGGGCGUCCCAUGCCCGAAGGAAGACCGACCUCCCUCGUCGAGCGUCCCCGGCCACUUGCGCUCCCCUGGCGGACUCAGUUGCAGCAGUUCUCGGCGUUAGCUGCGAUGUUUGAGUCGCGAUCUUUGGUGGGCUGAACGCACCGAAAGAAAGAGAAAGAAAGAAAGAAAGAAAGAAAGAAAGAGAGAGUGACCCGAGACACCGAGGGAGGGGGGAACCGAGAGCAUGGCUCUGGUACCGCUGUCUCUCUGGGUGCUAACGACUCUCACCUGGGCCAGCCCGCUCCAGGGGUCCAUCAGCAGGCAUUCGAUUUACUGGAACAGCUCCAAUAUUCAUCUGCGUCGCGAGGGCUACACAAUGCAGGUGAACGUCAACGACUACCUGGACAUCUACUGCCCUCACUACAACGACAGCCAGCGCAUGGUGGGCACCAGCGAGCAGUACGUCCUCUACAUGGUCAGCUACCGCGGCUACAGGAGCUGCGACCCCCAGAUGGGCUUCAAGAGGUGGGAGUGCAACCGGCCGCACGCCCCCCACGCCCCCAUCAAGUUCUCGGAGAAGUUCCAGCGCUACAGCGCCUUCUCGCUGGGAUACGAGUUCCACGUCGGACAGGAGUACUACUACAUCUCCACGCCGACUCAUCACCACAGCCGCAGCUGCCUGAGACUACGUGUGUACGUUUGUUGCUCCACAGCCUCUGAUGUAGACGAUGAGCCAGAACCAACAGAGGCAGACUACACGCUUAGACCGGGCCUAAAAAUGGACGACAUUGAUGAAUUCAACCCUUCUGUCCCCAAGCUGGAGAAGAGCGUGAGCGGAAGCAGCCCGUCGCGGGACCGCCUCCUGCUCACCAUCACCAUGCUACUGCUGGCCACGCUCUUCAUCUCCUAGCAACGGCCGUUGCAUCAGCGUCACCAUGCCAACGGGCCUUCAUAGGGUGGAUAGUACAGCGGCGGGCGGGACAGUAAAAAUGCAGUCUGUGUAUUGUGUGUCGUCUGUGCGUGCGUGUGUGUGUUGAUUCAUGCACGCCAUACAAAGCAUUUAUAAAAGUGGCAACGUCAGACUGAAAUUAUUAAAUAAUUGUAAAAAAAGAAAAAAAAUACAUCGUUAAAUCCACCCACGCAUUUGAUUGGCUAGUUCACUUCCUGUGGGUUAAUUGCCAUAGAUUCUCGCAACAGGACAAAUUGAACUCAAGUGAACUGCAUCGAUUGGAUUUUUCCUGGAUCUCGAUGGGAACAUUACACCUAAGGUGGAAAGUUACAGGGCUUCUUUUUUUUUUUCAUCCCCCAAGCAGAAGAUAGUUCAUGAACACAACGUGGGACUCAUGUUUUUUUUUUGCCAUCUCUACUCACAGUCAAGCAGGGGAGAAACAUUCGUAAAAGCAUUUAAAUGUCCGAGGUUAACAAAGCACACACGUGCACAGUCGCAGAGGAGCAUCCCUGCAUGUGAACACUGAGCAAUACCGAGGAGGAAUGAAGGAGUGUGUUGCGGUUGUUGUGCUCUGCCACAAUCUCAUUGCCCAUUUCUCUUCUGUAUGUAUGUGUGUAUUGUCUGGAUGUUUGAGCGGAUACUAACAUCCAGGCAACACAUCCACACACUUAACAUAAUUCAAAUGCAAAAAAAAAUAAACUAAUAAAUACGUUUAAAAAAGCAAAAUGAUGGUGGGGAGAUUGUGUCCAGCCAUAAGCCAACCACUACCACUACUAUAACAACUGCUUACCAAGGAGAGCAUUACCAUGGCAACUCGCAACUUAUUUCACCAUGGUUACCACAACCCUGCCAGCCACCCAAUAUGGACUCUUGCUGGGACGCACUGAUGGAUUCUCUCUCUCUCUCUCUCUCUCUCUCUCUCUCUCUCUCUCUCUCUCUCUCUCUCACCCCUCACAAACAAGUGGCACGUGAGGUGUUCAAGCACGUGUGUAAAUGUGAAGACUGGACUGCAAAUGAACAUUCAAACGUUUUGAAAUGUAAUGCAAGUGUUUUUUUUUUGUUUGUUUGUUUGUUUUUUUAUUUUUUUAUUUUAUUUUUUUAGUACUACGUUUCUGUGAUAUGUCUGUGUUAAUGGUGAUGGAAUACAAUUGAGCCAUAUGUCAACUUGGGCUGCAUGCAGACUGGUUAUCAAGCCUUGAGCUUGUUAGUGUUGCAAAAGUUUUUUGUGUGUUCUACUUGAAAAUGAAGCUUGAACAAACUUCACACUUGCCACAUGCGGGAAUAUAGUGGAACCUCUGAAGUGGAACACAAUCAGUUCUUUGCCAUUUUGUUUGGGAUUAAAAUCAAUUUUCCUCAUAGGAAAUAAUGGAAAUUUAAUUUAACCAUCCCAGGGUCAGAAAGUGGCCAUUGUAAAACUUGUAUUAACUUAUUCACUACAAGAUGUUUUCAAAGCAGAGUUCCCCACAUUGUUAGUUGUUUUAGAGCAUUUUGACUGAUCUUUCAAGACCCACAGAAUAUUUUGUUCUGUGAUAAUAUAAGCAUUGAACCUACCAAAAGAAAGAGAAGAUUAUAUUCUUUCACCAGAAACAUAUUUUUUGUAGAUUUUUCCAUUCUUUAGUAAUUAGCAGGAGAACAUGGGUUGGUCCCUCUAAAAACACUGUGUUUGUGAAAAGAAACAUGUCAGGCAGAACAGUGACUUUGACGCUAGUAUUUUUUGCUCAUGGGCUCUUUAUGGUAAAAUGAUUGAUUUACAGAUAUAUCAAAACCCGACACAAGCAACGCUGAGUCACCACAUGGCUCGAGUUGAAUGUUACUGACUUUUUUACAUGGCAUUCUCUAUUCUUUUCUCAUGAUCGUGACCAACACUUUCUAUUACUGUACCUACCGCGACACAUAACCUGUUUAUAUCAUAAUACAAUAUACAUACUCAUUUGAGUGUUAGGUGCCUCAACGCGUCCAAAUUCCAAAAUUUGGCCAUUUCUCUCCCUUAUAAACGACGUGAUCAGCCAAUAUUUACCCCUAAUUUUUAUCUUCAACUGAAAAGCUGUGCUGAUCUCAAAUCCAAAGCAAUCCAAAACAAAAUAUAAAAGUUUUCCUCUUUGCCAUCACCUGUACCCUUCUGUGGCAGCGACACCCAAAAAAACAAAAACAAAGAAAACACAAAACAUUUUUGUGGUGUUUUGUGCUAACUGAGCCAACAUCUAGUCUUCAAGGCUUAUUUUUAUUUUCUUUUUUCUUGAAUUCUGAAUUGCUGAGUUUAGAGCAGGGGUGUUAAACUUGUCAUCACAUGCUGCUUGGUAGUUAUGGUUGCCCUCAGGGGGUCAGUUAUAGUGGUGAAACUUCAUAAAUGUAUAAAAAGUAUGUCCGUAACAAAAAGCCAAAACUCACACUCUCCUUGAUUUUAAGUUCAUGGUUCAUUUCACAUACAGUACAGUAAGGGAAAAACAUGAAAAAUAAAUUGCUGUUUUGUGAAAAGAGGAACAGUUUUAAUGAUAUUCAAAAUGAAUUAACAACUUCACACUUCUGUUUUUAGGAAAGUGCAACAUCAACUAUUUGUCUUCUUUUUAGGAAAUGCAGAAUGUAGACAAUACAGUAUGCAACAGUAACAAUUUGAACAGUGUGAAUUAUUAUGCUAUAAAAAUCUGAAGAGCUGCUAGUUUAUGGCUACCCAUGACGUCCACAAGCCAGACGCUGAGAUGCACUGCUUUUGUUUACGGACUUGGCGUGUGCUUGGAGUGUGAGGCAGUUACUUGUCUUCUCCCUUACCUAAUAUGCUGUUUGGGAACUUUUAUUACAUCAAUGCCUCGGCAUAUGGUUAUUAUCAUUUUUAUGGCUGGUUUUGAACCGAAGAUAAGGAAAAAUGACAAGAAGGCUUGAAUUGGCCUUGAAUUUUCAUCUGUACUUCAGAGGUUUCACUGUAUUCUCUCUCUAGCAGUUUCUUUGAAACAAUACCUAAUUGACAGUCUAUAUUGUAGAGCUAAUGUGUGUGUGGGUGGGUAUGUACAUUGACUGUUUUUAAAAGAAUGUGACCUUUGCAAUCACUUUUGGAUCAAAGUGCAUACAGUACACACACACACAUAUAUAUAUAUAUAUAUGAGCACAAGUUUUUUUCCCCUCUUUUUAUUCACAAGAUAGAGUGUAUUGUUCUGAUCAUAUUAGGAUACAACGCAUGGAUUCUAUAUUCUCACAGCACAAUGCAGUGUGUGAUCCAGCCCAGGUAUCUAUAUGGCUA